AUGCUUGUCGUGUCACUUACCCCUGACAACAGCGAGUGGGUGCUGGCGACGCCCAACUAUGGCGAGCCGUAUGUCCGCAGCGGUAGUACCUUCCACACCCCUGGGAACAGCGAGUGGGUGCUGGCGAUGGCCAACUAUGGCGAGGCGUACAUGGCGGCAGUGAGGAAGGGCAACGUGCAGGCCGUGCAAUUCCACCCGGAGAAGUCGGGCGGUGAGUGGGGAGUGGAAGGUGGGAAGAGUGGCGUGCAGAGUGCAGGGCAACGUGCAGUGAGUGAGAGGGUGAGAAAGGGCAACGUGCAGUGA